AGCUGCUUGAGUCGGCAUGUUGCCGAACGGGAAUGUGGUUGCGGACAACCGCCCGGACCGUCCUGCGGUAUCUUGCUGGAGCGACAGUUGGAGUAUGGACUCUGGAAAUUUGAACACCAGGACCAUAGACUCAAGGGCCAAGAUCACUGUGUCUGCCGGUAACAGAAAGCCCUCCCGUGUCCUGGAACCGCCGUCGAUGGAGAAUGUUACGGUGUCCGAAAGAGAAGUGGACUACGUAUUGGUGUACGCCACGGCAGUGGAGCGGACGCAUCUCACAGAAGAGGCCCAGCUGAGUCAACACCACAGGCUGCUCUUCGAGAAAGCAAUGAAAGAUGAAGGCCUCCUGUUGGAAGAAGAAUUCAUCGGCUCCUAUGUGUUCGUGAAGGUGCACUGCCCCUUCGAGAGGCUUUGUCAAGAAGCAGAGAGAGUCAGACUGGAUUUGCCCUUGGACGGCCUCAUUAUAGAAGGCCAAGAAGACGGAGAAGAUCAACAAUGGAUUCACGAAAAAGUGGCCAAAAUCUUCGAUAUGGGUGUGGACACGAGCACAAUCAGCGCCCCCUUCCAGUGCCGUUGCCGUGAUUGGUUCAUCGGGUUGGCCGACAGGGAGACCUUUUUCCGGUCUGCACUACGCUGCCUUCUGACGCACCACGUCCUCAUCCACAUAGACAUAACCAAGGGGGAACGCACAAACGCGGCGAUUUUUCAUAAAAAGAAAGGCCUAGCUUACCUGUUGAUGAAAGGUGUUUAUCAAGAUGCCUUCGUUAUGCACGACCGCUCCUCCCUGGAACCAGUGUACGUGCCAUCGGAAGCCGUGCCUUCUGUUCACGAGUCCGUGUCAGCUUUCAAAGUGACGGACGCCAACUCGCGCCUGAACCAGGACAACGUCGUUGGUCCUCGAAGGUCCAUUCCUGACACGCGUCGUCUGCUCGAUCGUCGGUGGAGAAAGCUACUCGCCGGACAGCCAUUGAACAUAAUUAGGGAUUAUUUCGGAGAGAAAAUAUGCUUCUAUUUCGCCUGGGUGGGGACUUUCAUUGCAUCGCUCAUAGUGCCAGCCUUCAUUGGACUCGGUGUCUUCUUCUUUGGUGUCAUUGAAAAGGUCAGCAAUGACAAAGAUACUCUCCUGAGAAACGGCACACAUGCUGUUAAUUACACUGACGUGAAUGCGUUCAUCUAUGUCGUCGACGUCAUCAAAGCUGCCGGCGACACGUUCCUGACGCCAUUUUUCGCUUUCACCAUUUGCCUUUGGGGAACCGUUUUCCUGGAGAUCUGGAAACGUCGUCAAGCUUCGUUAGCCCACAGAUGGAACGUGGACCAUUUUUCCGCGGAAGAACCCGAAGUGCCUCAGUUUUACGGCACCGUGGCCGUAAGGGAUCCCGUAACGGGGGUUCUAUCUUGGCAUUAUCCAAUGACUCACAGGAUAUUCAAGUACUGCUGUUCCGGAGGGUUCUUUGUCAUGAUGUCCGUGGUCGUACUCAUCAGCGUACUGGCUGUGACACUUUAUCAAGUGUACAUGUACAACGCCUACUGCAAUGGUGAGACAACGUGCGAGGUGGUCCAUGGCUCCAUAGUUGCUCCGACACUCAACACUCUUUCCAUCAUGGUACUAGGAAAGAUUUACAUAUACGUUGCUGAACGGCUCACAGAUUGGGAGAACCACAGGACAGGAAGCAUGUACAACGACGCCUUGAUCAUCAAGCUCUUUGCCUUCCAAUUCACGAACACCUACGCGUCCUUGUUUUACACCGCCUUCUUCAGGGAGGGUCACUCCGGUCUGUUUGGACUCGGCGACGACUUCAAGGAUCGAUGUGGCCAUCCCGGAAGGGACACGUGCAUGUCCUUGCUGUCCUUGCAACUUCUCAUUCUCAUGAUUGUGAAACCAUUUCCUAAGUUCUGCUACGACGUACUGUGGCCUUUCACAAAAGACAAGCUCAGAAAGUGGGGAGUGAUGUACAAAGUGACGGACGAAAAAAUCUUCGAGCAGCAUUACUUGCUGAAGGAGAUGUACAAGCAGGAAGAUGCCGAAUUCAGAAGGGAUGAAUUUGCCGAGAAGAUUAUACAGUACGGUUAUCUAGUGCUAUUCGCGGCGUCUUUCCCGCUGGCUCCCCUGCUGGCUCUCCUGUACAAUAUUCUGGAUCUGCGCAUCGAUUCCAACAGGCUGCUCUGGUUAAACCGAAGGCCAGUUGCGCACAGGGAUGACGACAUUGGUAUGUGGUUCCAUCUAUUCGGUUUCAUCAACGUGUGUGGCGUUGUGAGCAACGCGUUCCUUAUCGCUUUCACGUCCACCUUUGGCAAAAACCUCAAGAGUGACUACAUGAGGUUCAUUUUCGUUAUCGCGUUUGAGCACCUUGUGUUUGCAGUGAAGUACAUACUGAGUCUGGCUAUACCAGACACACCGGGAGAAGUUAGGAAUGCCAAGCUCAAGGAACGGCACCUUCUUUCUCACAUGAUGUCCAAAGUGGCGUAUCUGCAAGAGAAGCGCAUCCCCGCAGCCCAGUCUUCCACGACCGCCAGCGCCGCCAAGCCGAGUUUUCUCUCAAACCCCCUACCGGCUCUUCCAAAGUGACAAUCAACUACUCCAGCGGCCCAAUCCGCUGGCACGAUGGAGUCAUUCAAAGAGGGCGCUACGUUCCGAGCCAUCUCUUGGGUUCCCAUUGCCUUGGCUGCCUUGCAGAAAUCAACCGGACUUAAAAGAAGACGUCCCGCCACUGCGAUUAUUUCUAGCAUCACGUGACGCUACCACAUGACCACUCGAACUCGCUGGUUGCACUACGAAAGACAUAUCCCUGUUCUGUACAGGUCAGGCUACGUUGCAGAAAGAAGUAUAAGGCCGUACCCCGUCACAGUGCAGGUGAUGGCCAUCGUGCAUAAGCGGGCAUAGUGCAGUUGCGGCAGCGAUCUUCUACUGUGGUACAUACUUUGUGAAGGUCUAAGAGAUGAGGGUGUCAAUUAUAAUGCGGCUAGGACUUCGAGGAGUUCAUGGCGUGUGCCUGGACGAACUAAUAUAUCAUAUGUAUAGCGUCAAGGGACACAGUUCCAGUUGGUCGCGGCGGCUCCGAACCCAUAGUGUGAUUCUUGAGUGUCGAACUCCGUUAUAACAGAGACUGAUGCAAAAGAGCAUCCUUUAGUGAAAUCAUUGCUGAAGAUAUCUAGGCAGCAUCGCUCUUUUCAUUCCGGUCUUCAGCAAACCGUUAGGAUAUGUCCGAUCUGAAGCUGAGCUCGGCUUUGCGACAUUUUAUAGAGAUCAGUGACGGAGCAGUGCUCGCGGCUCUGCUUCUGUCGACUCUGUUCUAAUCUGUCGAUUUCUAGGCCCUUCCAGUUUUCUUUUUCUUUUUUUUUUUUUAGCCUGCACGAUGUGCUGGCAACAAAUGUGCUACCCACGUCUUUGUAAAACAGACGGAUAACACUGAUAGACGGAUCCAUCAAUCCAUACAGGAUCCGGGUAUAUACAGAUUACUAAAUUUGUGUCCUUUCACAACGCCGCAGUUAGCUGCGGUAUGAGGCAUUGACCCCACGCAUCACUUACUUCAGCAAAUGUGACGUACGCAACAUAUCCAACUAAGUUUCGGGUGAAGACAAGGGGACGAACAAACAAACGUACAAAACAGGACAAGUUUGUUUGUUAAUCCGUACGUUUGUGUUGUUCGUCCCAUUGUUUUCACCCCAAUCUCAGAGAUAUGUCAAGUUUACACUGGAUCGCUUGCAUAAUCCUUUUAUGCUCCGCAAAAGUGUUUGCGUAAGCGACAUAUUACGACUGAGCGUGCCGCAUAUAGCCUGCUGCAGUGACGCCUGUGCGUCACGUGGUCGGUCUUGAUGUUUCAAGUUCAUAUUCUCUUUUCUUCGGAAUAAUGUGUGUACACGCGUGUGCGUUAAGCUUCAGAAGCUGAAACGGCAUGUCUAACAUGUUUGAACGCUGCAUGUACCUGAAAGGUAUAUCGUCCCGUGUGGCACUUCCGUAACCAUGUUGAGUUAGACAUACGCGACAAUCGUUACCCCAAUAGGCGAUAAAGUGGAUGACGACGGAAGAAUAUCCUGAGAGACGGAACAAAGAAGAAGACAAGACGACACAACACAACACCACUUCUUCGUUCCGUGUCUCAGGGUGUUCCUCGUCAUGCUUCACCAGCUAGCAUGCGCCUUGAGCCCUCUUUAUGUAAAUCGGAUGAGUUCCAGGACAACACGUGUCCGUACAGAGGCAGACGAACACAUUUAUAGAGAACACAUUUUUCUCCUGCCAAAUGAUCAAAAAAGAACAAACGAUCUUGAAGGCAUUUUAAAUAUCGUGCCAUAUUUUUUCGUCUUUACUCACAGACAUUUUGCAAGCGUGGGAUUUGUAUGCGUCUCAUCUCACGCUCAAUGUGACUAACUGCAGUUGCCCCAAAUAAGCUCAGCUUCAGAGUAUCGUCAGUGACCAGGGAUUUUUCCAGCAGCCCCCCCCCCCCUAAUGCUCCCCCCAGAAACUUGCAACACGGCCCCAAAAUACCGACCACAACGGCCAAAAACGUCAGAAAAGAAGCAGAUAUGGGACAGCUCCCCUCUCCCCCCCGAGAUGAAUAUCCUAGGAAUAUCCCUGAUCGCUAGGAGAAUAAUUAAGCAUCAUUCUGUUUCCCACUUGACGUCCUAUCCAUAGCGCCACCUACAGCAACUCGGACAAGGUGAACUUAUAGCCUUGCAGCAGGUCAACCUGCAGGUCGUUGUUUUGCAGUGCGUCCGACAGGCGGCAUUAGCAGUCACGGAAACAAAAUGGUGCACCUUCUGAUGAAUGGGUGACGGUACUCUGCAAUAACAUCAUUUAGUGACGCUAGGUGAAACAUAUUCAUCUAUUCAAUUUCUAACGUACGUGGGUGAUUAUCUUCAAUGUCCUUGUUGCUUAAUUAUUUGAUCAACCAAGACGUCCUUGUUGGGACCUGAGCACUUUUACGAAGUUCAUGGUCGUCCUUCUUCAUGAAUAAUGAAAGCCAUUCUGGAACAAACUACGCCGAACGUGUUCAACAGAUACUAGGUAGUGAUUCAUAGUUCAUCUGCGCCAGCAUCGGGCAUGAGUUUCUCGGCAAGUACACCCAAAUCCUACACGUUUACCAUCUAUCGCACCUA